UUCGCCACAAAACUUCCACGCCUUUCCGCAGACUUCGAGACGCGCCCAGUGUACCGAAAUGUCUGCUCAAUUAGCGCCCAAAAUCCUCUCCUUACCCUUCCCCCACUUCCCCCAUCCCAAGACCUAGCACUAGACAAUGGAAAGCUUGCUACGUUGGUCGAUCGCGAACUCCGCGCCUCCCGCCGAGGGCGCGGAGCAGCAGCCCCGCCCUGCGCCUCAAGCACUCGAUCCGGGCAUCAUAGACCACAUCCUCGGUCGCCCGGAUAGCGAGUUGAUGAAGGAGGACGUGCAGGCGGCGACGGAUGCCACGAAGAGCGAUGAUGAGCGCGUAGAUGCGUUGGAUCAUCUAGAGAUGCUCAUCGAGCAGAUUGAUAACGCGAACAACUUGGAGAAGCUGAACCUUUGGGAGCCGUUGCAUUCGUUGGUUACCUCUCCCGAUACGCCACCACCUGUUGCCCUGCAAGCGCUAUGGGUAGUGGGGACCGCACUACAGAACAACCCCUCCGCCCAGGACUCGUACAUCAAGCUCGAUCCCCUCCCCGCCCUCCUCGGCUUCCUCUCCCCCACUUCCCCAAACUCCUCCGCCAAGCUCCGCUCCAAGGUCAUCUACACCCUGUCCGGCCUCAUCAAGCACAACGCGCCCGUCGUCAGCACCCUCGACAAUGAUGAGGGCGCUGGCUGGGCCGCGCUGCGGGACGCGCUCAGCGACCCCGACCGCACCGUGCGCCGGAAGGCGAUCUUCCUGCUAAACGCGCUCCUCAUCCCGCAGGGAGAGAAGGAGCACGUCACGGAGGAAAGUCAGGCGGGCAGCACAGCGGUGACGGCGACUGAGCCGGCGGAGGCGGAUUCCAGAUUGCACACCGACCCGCCAGCUGCGCCGCAUCCCAACUCGCAUGCGGCGGCGCUGGCGAAUCCGGAUCGCGGGGCGACGUCGCCGUUGACGCGGACAGCUCUCGCGAAGCACGGGAUCGUGGACUCAGUUGUCGAGGGGCUGGUCAAUCCCGUUCCCUCUGGUGUCGACGGCGAUGAAGCCGAGGAGGACCUUGAUUUCGUCGAGGGUUGUGUCAGGAUACUGCACACGUACCUUGUCCUCCUCCGCCAACCCAUUGCGCCAGACUCCAAAGGCAGGCUUCGACAAUGGCUGUCGGCGCAGAAAGAGAAGGGGAAUGCGGCUGAAAAACUAGCUCUUGGUCACCAAGAGCUGGAAGAGUUCUCCGCCAAGCUCAACGCAUAGAGCGACGCCUGUAGAUGUAUUCAACGUACCGCUAUGUGUAUAUUAGACCUUUGUAUCGCUGCAGUUCUUUUGUACUCAACCGUAUAAUUUGACGCCACAAAUCCCGGCCCGGA